CAUGUACCUCUUGGCCUUUCUUGGUGAGUGCGAUCCGCGACGAUCCGUAGCAGACAGAACAGAAUCUAACCGUGACAGACCGCGUCAACAUUGCCAAUGCCAACAUCUUUGGCCUGACCGAAGAGCUCGGCCUCGAGAGCCACCAGUACAACACGGCGCUCGUCAUCUUCUUCGUGCCGUACUGCCUGCUCGAGAUCCCGUCCAACAUUCUGCUGAAAAAGUUCAAGCCGUCCGUGUGGCUGUCGAUCAACAUGUUCUGCUUCGGCCUCGUGACGCUCCUGCAGGGCUUUGUGCAGAACUACUCGGGCCUGCUGGCGACGCGCUUCUUCCUGGGCGUCUUCGAGACGGGCAUGUUCCCGGGCGCCUUCUACCUGAUCGGCAUGUGGUACCGCCGCCACGAAGCCCAGCGCCGGUACUCCUUCUUCUUCAACAGCACGACGCUGGCCGGUGCUUUUGGCGGCCUCCUCGCCGCGGCCAUUGGCAAGAUGGACGGGCUGCGCGGGUACCAGGGCUGGCGCUGGAUCUUCAUCAUCGAGGGCGGGUUCACGGUCCUCGUCAGCUUCUUCUUCUUCUUCUUGCUGCCCAACUUCCCUGAAGAGUCCAAGUGGCUCAAGAACGGCGAGAGGGAGUACGUGUCGGCGCGCCUGCGCAUCGACCAGGGCCCGGCCGGGCGCGACCGCAGCAUCACCGUCCGAGACGUGGGGCGCGUGUUCAAGGACUACAAGGUGAUUGUGGGCGGCUUCAUGUACUUUGGCCUCAUCGUGCCGGCAUACGGGUACGCGUACUUCUCGCCGGGCAUCAUCCAGGGCUACGGGUACGGUCGGAUCCAGACGCAGCUGCACAGCGUGCCGCCGUGGGCCGUCUCCUUUGGCUUCUCCAUGUGCAUGGCGCUGCUGUCGGACAAGACGCGCCACCGCUUCGCCUUUGCCGUCACGGCCAUCUGCAUCUGCAUCAUCGGCUUCGCCAUCCUCAUCGCCGUGCACGACAACACCAAGCUGCAGUACGCCGCGCUGUUCCUCGUCGCCUCGGGCGCCUACACGGCCAUGCCCAUCAUCGUCUGCUGGUUCAAUAUGAACCUCGGCGGCCACCACCGCCGCUCGGUCGGCUCCGCGUGGCAGGUGGGCUUUGGCAACAUUGGCGGCAUCAUCGCCUCGUUUGCCUUUCUGAAAAAGGACGCGCCCAAGUACAUCCCGGGUUACAGCAUCUCGAUCGCCUUUACGAUCCUGAGUAUUAUCGCGUGCAUCAUCUACGGCUUUGCGUGCUGGUCCCAGAACAAGAAGAAGGACCGGGAGCAGGGCAACGAGCACGGGCUCACGGAGGAGGAGAAGACGGAUAUGGGUGAUUUGUCGCCCGACUACCGGUACCUGCUGUAGGGACCCUGAACAGGUCACUGAGUGCACGCAAUGUAUUGGACAUAAGUUGACAAU